AGACUUCUUGGGUGGAUAAUUAGAAUACUACACUCUAUCUAUACUAGUACCUCCACGGUGUCACCAUGUGAUCGCGACUUUCGUCUUUGGAUAGACAACUCGCGCAUCGUCAAUCCCAGUCUUUCUCCCUGAUCCAGCAACUCAGUCUAGCUACCCCACAAUAUGGCGCCCAGGAGCCUAACUCCAUCACUCCUAGAAGCAACCUCUGCGCUAUCGCCCGAGAAUGGUUCCCCAGAUCGCUUGAUAGCCAGAAUUUCCCGCGACUGGUGCACGCAGCAUUCUGUUCUGGGAGGUUACCUAACAACCCUGAUGCUGUCCGCCGCCCGCAGAUUUAUCAACAGCAACACAGACGCCGUAGCCGAAUAUCCCGACCCCAUCCAUGUCUUCAUCCAGUUCCUUCACAAGGUUCCACCUGGCCAGGUUUCCGUCUCAUGCAAGAUACUCCGCGCCACAGCCCGACUGUGUGUCGUCAAGGUCGACUUGGAGUUGUCUCGACAGCCAGAGCCGGGGUAUGGCGAGGCGCAACAAUCCCCUGCAUGCAUUGCGAUUGCUACUUUCGCCAAUUUGGAUAAUGAAAAGGGCCUGACACAAGACUCUACACAAUCGGAGCAGUUAGGUGCACAUCCACUCCCGUCUCGAGAGACAGAUUGCGUCACAAUCGACGACCCCGUGGUAGAUGCAACUCCUGUUACUCGAAAGCUACACUGGGUUGCUCCUCGCUCUGCGGACGGUCUAUGGGGUCACCGGCUAGGCGGGCACCAGCGCGAAGUCUGGCUGUCAUUUCGAGACGAAACGCCAAUUUCAGAUCUUCUUCAUCUGGCGCUGCUUGCGGACAUGCCUCUCCAACCGCCUGCAACUCACACAGCGGGCUUCUAUUCGCGCUAUGCCCUCUCCACCCUCUGUCUUUCGGUGGAGUUCAAAAAACGGCCCGGCCCGAGCACGAAAUGGGUUUUGGUACGAUCGAAUUCGCACAAGGUUGUGGACGGGCGGUAUGAUGUGAAUGUCCAAAUUCUAAACGAGGAAGGAGAGAUCCUUGCGCUGAGCAAUCAUGUGGUGUAUAUCUCAGAUUUGAGGAAGAACUCGAAGAGAGCGAAAAUGUGAAGGGACUGUUUAUGCUAACUCUUUAGCCACAGCCGUUGUAAUUUCAUUGUUAUUGGAGCAUGCUCAGUUUAGUUUUUCUUGUUUUCU